AUGAGUGACGAUGACCGUGAUGUUGAGUUGGAGACUGCAGAAAAGCGUGCACACCAUAAUGCCUUGGAACGCAAAAGACGUGACCAUAUCAAAGACAGCUUCACAAGUCUUCGAGAUUCAGUUCCAUCAUUACAAGGUGAAAAAGUUGCUAGCCGCGCACAGAUAUUAAAAAAAGCAGCUGAUUAUAUACAAUUUAUGAGGCGUAAAAAUGUUUCCCACCAACAAGACAUUGAUGAUCUCAAGAGGCAGAAUAAUAUUUUGGAAUCUCAGAUUAGAACGUUAGAGAGAGCUAAGGCUACUGGCAAUUAUGCCAUGGAGUCUAGUGAAUUAGCUUUAGAUGUAUCGGGAUCAGAAAAUUCUGAUGUAUCGGAUGGAGAACUCCAAAAAUCUAAAAGAAGACUAAAAAAGCAAAAGUUUGGUUAUUAG